AAAAAUGAAAAAGUUUGGGGCAUAAAAUGUAAUUUUACCUCGAAUAGUUCCGGACGAAGCCUAAAAAAUCCCGCAGUGUUGGUGGCUGUGGCGUAACCGGCAUUCUCACUGGGAAGGGGCGAGUGGCGACGAUGGCUUUGACCUCAGUUACGAUUGCCGUACCCUCCUCCUCUUCCGCCGUGGUUCUCCCCAGGAUUUUCUCCCUAAGGAGCACUACUCUUCCUCUCCGGACGCUAUCCUUUGCCGGCACUCACCAUCCUUUCUUGGUUCUCAGAAACUCCAAGUCCAUUGCUAGGGUUCCUUCCAUUCGCUGUUCCUCUUCUGCUCUGACUCCUCAGCUAAAGGAUACACUGGAUAAAGUUGUGACAUCAAACAAGGUGGUUCUUUUUAUGAAGGGAACAAAGGAUUUCCCGCAGUGUGGGUUUUCAAAUACUGUUGUGCAGAUAUUAAAGUCUUUGAAUGUACCUUUUGAAACAAUAAACAUACUGGAGAAUGAAAUGCUACGUCAGGGGUUGAAGGAAUACUCAAGCUGGCCUACCUUUCCACAACUGUAUAUUGAAGGAGAAUUUUUUGGUGGUUGUGACAUUACCAUUGAGGCAUACCAAAAUGGCCAAUUACAGGAACUUUUGGAGAAAGCAAUGUGCACCUGAAGACUGAAAUUUUCCUGGUUUGAAAAGUAUACUAUACCCCUUUAUCACUCAGGCUAAAAUCAUUAUCUUUGACUUUUGCGGUAUGAAUGUGAAAAGUAUGUUGUAUUAAUCAACCAGUCUUCACAUGUGUUCACCAUGACAGCAGAGUUUGGUUAGUCGUUGGUUAAAGUCUUGCUUCAUCUGCGGCUUUUCAAAAUCACAGCAAAAAUUGCAUGAAUAAUUGUCGGGAUGAAAGUCAUGGCUUGGUAUUGUCAUUAUGUAAACUGUAAGCAGCACAUUGAUAUCUUAACUUUUGGUUGUAUGGCAUGAAUGUUGCAAUCAGAAUAUGAAUUAUAUUUGGUUUUAGCCUCAAAUACCGUUCAUAUUCGUUUUUCCUUGCUUAAUAAUGGAAUUCUACAACG